AUCAAGGCACGGGGGAACGAGGAGUACAAGCGGGGUGACUAUAACGCAGCUCUGGAGAGCUACAGUAACGCGCUGGCAGCAGCGCCAGGGGCAAGUUGAAGGACCUUGGGAACUCCGUUCUGGGGCACUUUGGAAUGAGCAUUGACAAUUUCAAGGCGGUGAAGGAUCCAAACACUGGCUCCUACUCCAUUUCGUACCAGAGCUAGAACGCAAGUUGAAGGACCUUGGGAACUCCGUUCUGGGGCACUUUGGAAUGAGCAUUGACAAUUUCAAGGCGGUGAAGGAUCCAAACACUGGCUCCUACUCCAUUUCGUACCAGAGCUAGAACGUCUCCAAUAGUAAAGCCCUUUUGGAAGCAGCGGUCAUCAAGGCACGGGGGAACGAGGAGUACAAGCGGGGUGACUAUAACGCAGCUCUGGAGAGCUACAGUAACGCGCUGGCAGCAGCGCCAGGGGUCGAGCACGAGGAGGCAAAGGAGGCUCGAGCGAUCUAUCAUGCCAACAGAGCCAUGUGCCACCUGCAGCUGAAGGAUUACGACGCAUGUGUGAAGGAGAGCACAGCAGCCAUGGAUCUGAAGCCGGACUAUCUCAAGGCGAUCAUGCGGCGGGCCCAGGCGUGGGAGAAGCUGGACAAGCUGGAAGAAGCACUGGGGAG